AUGGCCAAUGGCUGCCACGGUGCCCCUGACAUGGAGGACACAUCGUCGGCAUCUCUGCAGUUCCACUACGAGCCCAUCUUUCAGCCCAGCGACCCACACCACGAUGCCACCGAGUACUACAAACUCCCAGGCGAUUACGUGAAGACCGUGGAGGUGCUGGGCCGGAAAGUCCUGCAGGUCGAUCCCGAGGCACUCAGCGUACUCGCCCGGCAGGCCUUCACAGACGUUCAUCACUUCUUCCGCAAAGAUCAUCUCUCCGGAUGGCGCCGUAUUCUCGAUGACCCCGAGUCCAGCGAUAAUGACCGCUUCGUGGCACACACACUUCUGCAGAAUGCCUGCGUUGCCGCCGGUCGUGUACUUCCCGCUUGUCAAGAUACAGGAACGGCUAUUGUACUUGGAAAACGUGGAGAAUUGUGUUGGACGGGUGGAGAAGAUGAAAAGUACCUCUCUAAGGGUAUUUGGGACUGUUACACUAAACGAUAUCUGCGCUACAGUCAAACUGCUGCACUUGAUAUGUUUAAGGAAGCAAAUACAGGUGAUAAUUUACCAGCUCAAAUGGAUUUACUGGCAAAACCAGGUAAUGAAUACCACUUCCUCUUUAUUGCGAAAGGAGGUGGUAGCGCAAAUAAAGCCUUCCUUUACCAACAAACCAAGGCUCUUUUAAACCCCAAAUCCCUUCGAGCAUUUAUUGAAGAAAAACUCAAGACUCUUGGUACGGCAGCAUGUCCUCCAUAUCAUAUGGCUCUUGUGAUUGGUGGUACAAGUGCUGAAAUGACAAUGAAAACAGUAAAACUCGCCAGUUGUCGCUACUAUGAUUCUUUACCCACAACAGGUAACAAAUAUGGUCGUGCCUUCCGUGAUCUUGAGUGGGAAGAAAUUGUAAUGGAUAUUGCCCGUAAAUCUGGUAUUGGAGCUCAAUUUGGUGGUAAAUAUUUUGCUCAUCAAGCUCGUGUUAUUCGUCUACCACGACACGGUGCAUCCUGUCCUGUUGCUCUUGCUGUAUCUUGCAGUGCAGAUCGUCAAAUUCUUGCAAAGAUCACAAAAGAUGGUUUAUUCCUUGAGCAACUUGUAACCGAUCCGGCCCAGUAUUUGCCGGAAGUUCCACUUUCCUCUCUUACAAGCAAUGUGGUGAAAGUUGAUUUGAAUCAACCAAUGAGUGAAAUUCGAAAACUACUCAGUCAACAUCCUGUCACUACUUGUCUGAGUCUUAGUGGUACUGUCAUUGUAGCUCGCGAUAUUGCACACGCAAAGAUUAUGGAACGUCUUAAUAAUAAUGAACCACUUCCACAAUAUAUGAAGGAUCAUCCAGUGUAUUAUGCUGGUCCAGCAAAGACACCAGCGGGAAUGGCAUCUGGUUCAUUUGGACCCACUACAGCAGGACGUAUGGACUCCUAUGUUGAACCAUUCAUGGCAGCAGGUGGAAGUUUUAUUACGUUGGCAAAAGGAAACCGUUCCAAGGUGGUCACUGAGGCUUGCAAGAAGUAUGGUGGUUUCUAUCUUGGCAGUAUUGGCGGUCCUGCUGCUAUUCUUGCUCAGAACAAUAUUAAGAAGGUGGAGGUUUUGGAGUACCCUGAAUUGGGAAUGGAGGCGGUAUGGCGCAUUGAGGUGGUGGACUUCCCAGCCUUUAUUGUUGUAGAUGAUAAGGGUAACGACUUCUUUGCCAAACUUCUGUGA